AUGGCUACCAAAACGGCUACCUCAAAGACCCGAAAACCUAAAGCUAAUAACUUUGUAUUGGUCUUAGAGCAGUUCCUAGAAAAGCAUAAUUUGGCGGCCGACUCCACCCUAGAACAAUUAAGCGAACAUGCUCCCGAACUGGAUGCUUUACUUCCUGAUUGGAUGGCUCGCAGGUGCGUUAAAGUUGCCCUUACCAGAGGCACUGAUAAUAGACGCUCAUUUAGUAAAGAGAAAAUAGAGGUUCUCCUGCCAGAUAAAAGAAAGGGGAAGCUCACCAUAGAGGAAAGGGCAAAAUACUGCGCUAAGGAUGGUGAUUUUGUAGACAUUAUCGCUAAUCAUUGGGCAUUGGGUCCAAAAAAUAAAGAUGAAAAUGAAAUCGUUGCCGGUGCUUCGCGUCAGUCAACAUUCCGUGCAAAGUUAGCAGAAGGUGGUGUAGAAACCGCAAUUAUUGAAGCAGGAAAGUUGCGUGAUCCUGUCUAUACCGAAAGUGAAACACGUAAUGCUUGGCCAUUUAAUGAAUUCUUAAAACAAGAGCCUUAUAGAACGAUACCUAAAAAUUUAAGAGAUUAUGGAAGUAAACACGCUUCCAGAAUACAUGGUGGUAAGAACCCAACUCCCCAGCAUCUUAAACUGCUUUCAAGAAUUGCAAUGAGACAAGAAUCAGACCGUCUUGAUGCAGGCGAUAAUUACGCUAUAGGCGAUACAGGAUCGGAGGAGUCCAGCCCUGAAGAUGAGCACAACUCAGAGCCGGAAUCGGAGUCUAUGGAAAAUGAUGAAAUAUCUGAUAUUAUUAAUAUAAUGGAAUUAACCGAUCAAAAGCAUUCAUCUGAUGCAUCCAAAGAGCAGGAAGUUAUCAGAUAUACGAAGAUAUUAGCCCAGGCAUUUGGACUAAACGAGCAAAAUGCAGAAGUAUAUAGUGCACUUUCCAGUGAAAAUAGAGCACUAAAGAAACAAUUGGAAGAUUAUCAUUUCCAACAUAACACUUUAGAAAAGAGGGUAAAAAGAUUAGAGAGAGAUGUAAAGUCCUUAGAGACCGAAUUAGAAGUUCUGGAUGAAUGUAAAGGUUUCUCCUAUUCGUCUGAGUCUUCCGAAGAAUCUGAUUCGGUCAAGACAAUUGUGAUAAGAGAAAACGAGGCUAUCCCUCAUAAGCAACGAAGGAAGGCACGACCAAAAAAAGUUAAAUAG